CAUUUCACAUGGGCCAAAAUCGGUGGGCGAUUGCACGACAACAUGAAAUUGGAACGGGAAAGUUUGAUAGGAACCUUUUGUCCCGUUGCUCUGAUAUCCGGAGGGAACUGUGAAAGUGUUGCUCAUUCACAGCUGCAGCGGAUUCACGUCAAAGUUUUAAAGUAGUUCCGAGGACGUUUAGUUGCAUUUUUUUUUUUUACAGCGGUAGUUUUAAAUUUAAAGCCGUUCUUUUUCUUCCGUAAGACCACGAACAAUGUAUCCAAAACUGGUCCGGACGGGAGCGUAUCGAAAUACUCUUCUUUCUGGUGUGCCACUCAAACACCUGGCGCCGAGAAGGUCCUUGUGCGGAGCAACGAAAGGCGCGGGAGAGACUGUGGUGUCGGAGCGCAGGGGGCCUGUGCUCACCGUGGCCAUAAACCGUCCCGAGGCGCGUAAUGCGGUGAACCGGGAGACGGCGAGGCGUCUGCUGGAGGAGCUGGAGGCCUUCGAGCGGGAGCCGGCGUCCAAAGUGGCCGUCCUGCAUGGCGUAGGCGGCAAUUUCUGCGCCGGGUAUGACCUGAAAGAAUUGGCCAAUGGCGCAGCCGCUCUCAAAUUGGAACAAGAUGUGACCAAGGGUUCCGGGCCAAUGGGUCCCUCCCGCUUGCAGUUCUCCAAGCCCCUGAUCGCAGCGAUCGGCGGAUUUGCCGUGGCCGGAGGAUUGGAACUGGCUCUGCUGGCCGAUCUCCGAGUGGUGGAGGAGAGCGCCGUCAUGGGGGUGUUCUGCCGCAGGUUCGGGGUCCCGCUGAUUGACGGCGGCACGGUGAGACUCCCGCGGCUCAUCGGUCUAUCCAGAGCUCUGGACCUGAUUUUGACUGGGCGCCCCAUCGGAGCGCAGGAAGCGCUCGCGUAUGGACUGGCCAACAGAGUUGUCCCAGAUGGACAAGGUAGGCGCAUGAACGGCCGCGUUGGCCGCACAUCCCCUUACCUCCUGUGCGUCGCGACCGCAGGAUUCCAGGCGGCCGUGCAGUUAGCCGAGCAGAUCGGCUCCUUCCCGCAAGAGUGCCUGAGGGCCGAUCGCUCGUCGGCCAUCUACGGCUGCUUCGACGCACCCUCGUUCGCACAGGCCAUGCAGUAUGAGAUUGACCGCGGAGCACCAGUCAUCUUGUCAGAAGCCGUGGCCGGGGCAACUCGAUUUACGAGCGGAACUGGACGAGGAGAUAAGAUAGACUCCAAGCAGCAGUGGCAAGAGACGCAGAGAUCCCGGACACCUUUGGCAGCUUAUCAGUGGGACCAUCAACAUCUGAUGUGGCACCGUCAAGACAUAACACAGGUUUGGGGAAAAGGAAUGAACAGAGUGAGGGGCGGGGGUUGGAAGGGAUUAGAUGAAGGUUUUGGAACAACAUAUUUUUUCUCCCCGAGCAGCUUUGGGUAAGACUUUUAAAAGCAAUAUUUUGUGCAUGCGUGUAUGAUAUAUAAAAUGUGUGUG